CCUAGGCAGCCAGCAUCCGCCGCUGUGAUGAAUAUUGAAUGAUUCAUCCAUAUAACAGCGCCCCUCUCUAUUAAGUCAUCAGGCAUCUCUCGGCCUGCUUUGAAGAAGAGAAGCCAGGUGACAGAUCUCAUUGAUUAUAUAUGGUGCGAAUGCUUUGAUCUGUAUGCUUCCCAUUGAUUUCAUCUGUAAAGAGGUGUUUUUACAGAGAUCGGCUGUCGCAGUCCCCCCUCCCAUCCUCGUUAUCAUUCCCAGCACAUAAAGCUCACAGUCAGCAUGAAUCUAUCCGCUCUGCUCUAUUCUCACCUACAAUACAGGGCUCUGAUGGUUGUUUCUGUGAUCUAGUGCCGGCUCCAAGGGAGGGAUCCAUCCAUAUUGAAUGUGAGAGUCUCAAGAAAACCUAAUCCUGGAUUUUCACACAAGGAACAGGCCAACCCCUAUUGUCCGUCGCUGUCGUCGAUUCCUAUGGCAAAUGCAGCUCCUUCCAUCCACAACCUCCGACUAAGCUACAUGGGGACAUCAACUACGGAGCUGGAUAUCCUUGUUUUCUGUUUUUGUAGCUCAUCCCUGGAGCAGAAAAAGCCAAGUCCUCAGAAAGGAAGUGAAGUCUAUAGCCCAGCCUCAGGCGUUGAAUAACUUCUUGAUUUCGGGUUCUCUGGACAGAUUACAUGUCCAUCAAAGUCACAUGCACAAAGAUUUACCUAAACCAGAGUAACCCACUUCCUGAGUAUUUUGGUUACAUGAGAAGUAGCCAUGAUUCCACAUUGCUGGUGUCCCCGCUGGUCGUGGCAGGAAUUGUAAUUGGACUGGUUCUGUUUCUUUCAUGUGUCACCAUCAUCAUUGGUAGCCUGAGGAAGGAUGGAAGGGAAAGAGACUGGCGCCUUCAGAAUCCAAGCUAUGAUGGAAUAUCAUAUGCACCUUCUUUCGGAGAUCUGAGUUCCGUCUGUACAGGGGACAUGUCUCCAGCCUUAGAUUUUGCAUCAUAUCUAGGCCUUAGCGUUUCCUAUCCAGAUUUUCCACCACGCUAUGAUGAGUGUGUGGUUCCAGGAAGCUCAGGAUCUUACCUCCCCACUGAUGAGCCUCCACCGUACUCCUUGGAAGACCCACAACAGCUUCAAAGUGAUCUGACAUUCAGCGACAACACUGAAGAGAUUGCUCUGAGAUCACAUGAAAACCCAGAAAAUAACCUGAUCCCCGCUUCCCUGUGUGCUGCUGACCUCCGUGAUGAUUCACCAAGUAGAACCACAAGCAAGACCAGCCUACCCCUUCCUAUUAUACCAAUGGACAUCCAAAAACACGCGGCAUCACCGACCACUCUAGUUCUAUAGGAAACUGCUCAACUCUAUCCACAUUGUUUUUAUUUUGGUUGGGGUGAGGAUGGGCAGGAACCUCUGUCCAGUUUUAUCGGUCAUCUGUUGGGGAGAUUUCACCUCACUUCCUCUCUUGGUGACCACAUGGGAACUGAGGAGAUCUCCAAGACACCAUUAAAAACCAGACAAAGGGUCUUGCCCUUCCCUGCAAUUUUUUUUUUUUUUUUAGAGCCGCAUAAGCCAAUGCUUCCUUUAUUGUGCCUGCUCCUGUCCCAGGCAGAGUGAUACCAAACGCACUCCGUCUGGGACAGCAAGAUUUUCUAUGGCCUGCUGCCUGCAGAAAGUGGUGAUUCAAGGAUUAAAAAGGUCAGUUUAUGAAAUCACAGUGUAGCAAUGGGUAUAAUCAGAGGCCUCACACUCACAGGGGCCUCGCGGCCACCUAACUUACCC